CAGACGUUUAAAUCCUCAACUGUCAACGAGACGCCUCCGCCGGUAUGAAUCUUUACAAAUAACAUAUUGUUUAAAUAAACUUCUUUAGUUUUUCGUACUGCAUGCAAUUAUAUAGAUGUAUUUGUUUUUAAAAUCUAUUCUAGCCACUGGUUAGCUAGAGUUACGUACUGUAGGUGGUGGCUUUGUCCACGAACGAACAGAUAACGUUACUGCGAUCGUUCAAUUACACGCACACGAUAACCUAUGUAUUGCUUAAAGAAUGGAUUAUUUGUAAGUCAAAUGUUCUGUCAUUGUUGAGCUCAAUGAAAAUCAAACUGAAACUCCUCUAGGACGCUGAGAGAUGCAGAAUGUCUGUAAAAGGAGCAAGAGCGCCAUCUUCAGCCCAACGAGGAGCCACCUUAAUGAUCCCUGGUGGCCAGGAUCCACUUCAGCAGAGCUUUACAGAGACCCUUCCUACUGAGAUGAGCAUGAGGAUCUUCAGUGAGCUGGACGUCAGGAGUUUGUGCCGGGCCUCGCUCACCUGCAGACACUGGAAUGACAUAAUCGAGGGCAGCGAUCAGCUGUGGAGGAGCCACUGUCUUUCGGUGCUGGCUAUUUGCCGGAGGGAGGUGGACGGGGACAGGUUUGCUGGGUGUUCAUGGAAGGUUACUCUUGUUCGUAACUACAGGAAAGGCUGCGUAAAGCGGAGGUGGCUGAAGGGCCGAUACAGUAACAUCCGCUCUGCUGACGAUAUCCCAUCCAACAGCAUGUGUCCACUGGACGUGGAGACCUGGGGAGAGAUACUGGAGGCGGAACUGGAUAGAUAGAGCAAACAGAGACUUUUGGGAUCCUGCCAAUGGACUGAAAUACAUCAGCUGUGUCUACAAUGGAAGCAUUAUGACUGAAACACUUGCUGGGCAAAUAAUUCUAUGGAAUAUUUUGUAAUCAGUAUUGCCAAAAAGCACAAAGGCUAAAAAAAUACAUGAUAAUGUAGCUUUUGUUACCGAACAUUUUAGUUGUAUUACUGAAAUUUGCUUGAGACUGUAAUGAGGUUUUAUAGGUUUCAUAUGAUGGAAGCGUUUUGCAGAUGGAACCGAGAGAGAGAGAGAGAGAGAUCUUGUCUGUUUUUUUAGAGAUCAACAAAACUGUGCAC